UUGAUUUUCUUGUAGACUGACUGACUGAGACAGGCAAUGUCCCUGCAGAUUCUGGUCGGAAUCUUCUUCGGCGGUCUUGUUCUGCUAUGGCCGGCGACCGUCGCCGGGGAAGACCGGUAUGUGUACCUGAAUUGGACCGUUGAGUAUGGUGUCGUCUCACCGCUCAACGUCAAACAAAGGGGAAUUCUCAUCAACGGCCAGUUUCCAGGCCCGACAGUUAACGUAACAACUAACGACAAUGUAAUAGUGAACUUGGAGAACAAAUUGGACGAGCCUUUGCUCCUCACUUGGAACGGCGUCAAGCAGCGGAAGUCGUCGUGGCAAGACGGCGUCCUCGGAACGAACUGUCCGAUCCCGCCAGGCUCGAAUUGGACAUACCGAAUGCAAAUGAAGGAUCAAAUCGGGACUCACACUUACUUCCCGUCCACGGCGAUGCAUCGAGUCGCCGGAGGCUAUGGCGGAUUCAACAUUCUCGCCAGGUCCGUUAUCCCCGUCCCGUAUCCGAAGCCUUUCGGCGAAUUCACCGUCCUCGUCAGCGAUUGGUGGAACGAGGAUCACAAGGUGGUGCAACGAAUCUUGGACUCGGGCCGGCCUCUACCGAUGCCCAACGGGUUACUGAUUAACGGGAAGGCGAAUGCUACUUUCUUCGACGCCGUUCCGGGGAAGAGGUAUCUGUUCCGAGUGUCGAACAUUGGCAUCACGGCGUCAAUCAAUUUCCGGAUACAGAACCACACGUUGGUUCUUGUGGAGUGCGAAGGAUCGCACCCUCUCCAACGAGCCUACGACUCGUUCGACCUCCAUGUCGGGCAAUCGAGCUCUUUUCUAGUCACCGUAGGCAAAGCUGGGGCAUAUUUUGUCGUUGCCUCCACCCGAUUCACCAAGCCUACACUUACCGUCACCGGAAUUCUCCACAGUCGGGGCUCCGGAGCCACCGGUGCCACCGUGUCCGAAACCGCCGCCGCCACCGCCCCCGGACCACUACCGGCCGGACAAACUUAUCAAAUCCAUUGGUCGAUGAAGCAAGCAAGAUCCAUCAGGUUGAACUUAACGGCGAAUGCCGCGCGGCCGAACCCCCAGGGAACGUUCCACUAUGGCAUGAUUCCGGUUGUAAGAACAAUAGUUCUGCAAAACAAGGCAGCCGCCAUUAACGGCAAGCUUAGAUAUGCCGUGAAUGGCGUCUCUUACAUCAAUCCAGACACCCCAUUGAAGCUGGCAGAUUACUACAACAUCGCCGGUGUCUUCAUAUUAAACUCGAUCCCCGACAAUCCGCCGCCGGCCGGCACCCCUGCCGUGCUUAACACGUCAGUUUUAGGCACUACAUUGCAUGAUUUCGUCGAGAUCGUCUUCCAGAACAACGAAUCCACCGUUCAAUCUUGGCAUAUGGACGGCCACAGUUUCUGGGCCGUCGGGUUUGGGUGCGGCAAGUGGAACUCUACUCUCAGGGAAGAAUACUACAAUUACCACGACGCCGUAGUCCGGCAUACUAUACAGGUGUAUCCUCAUUCGUGGAGUGCAAUAAUGGUGUCAUUGGACAACAAGGGGAUGUGGAAUUUGAGGUCUGGUGUUUGGGGAAGAAGAUAUUUGGGACAGGAAUUGUAUGUGAGAGUGUGGGACGAUCAACAGAGUGUGACCACAGAGUAUGAUAUUCCAGACAAUGCUUUCUUCUGUGGAAAGGCCAAACAUUGAUCAUUUCAAUUUAUGAAUAAAGGUAUUGUUCCAAUUUAUGAAUAAAAAUUCAAGUUUAAACUUGGUUGUAACAAAAUAUUAUACAAUAUUUAUUUUUUAUUAU